AUGUAAAUUAUAAAAAGAUAGAAAAUUAAAUUAAUCUUAAGUAUUAGUAAGAAUAAAUGAAUAAUAACAUAAAUAGUUUAUCUCAAAUUUAAAAGCAAAGGUUAUCAGGGGUCAACAAUAUGCCUGAAAAUAUAAAAGACGUGUUUUUGUUAUCAAUCAGAAAUUGCAAAGUACCUAAUGAGAGAAAAAUAUUUUAUCAUAUUAAAUAAAAAACACCAUAUAGAUACAGUUUAAAGAUACAUAUAGCUUUUAUAAAUGAAUUUCAAAAAGUAAAGUAAGUAAAUUAUGGAAAAUUAGAUUAAAAAAUUAAUAUUGAUAGCAGUAGAAUUCGUUGA